GAAGUUUCACGAAUCAGUGUUUCGAACGCGUCCAUCACUAUCUGAAACUGAAAGGCUUGUUCAACGUUAUUUAAAAACAUCAACAAUGGAUGUCCCAGGCCCUGAUAGCGACUGGAGGAGCACAGCCUUUAGACAGAAAGUGGUGGCUCAAAUAGAGGACGCCAUGAGGAAAGCAGGAACUGCUCAUACUAAGUCCUGUACUGACAUGGAAAACCAUGUGUAUAUUAAGGCAAAGACCAGAGAGGAGUAUUUGUCUCUGGUUGCGAGGCUGAUCAUUCAUUUCAGAGACAUUCAUAAAAAGACACAAGGGGGACCCGAUCCCAUGAAUGCCCUGCAGAAUUUGACCGGAGUGGGUGGAGGUGGUGGCAUUGGACCACGCCCACCUGGCGCACCUAUGAGUGGUAUGGGGCCAAUGGUGCAAAUGCAGAUGGGUCAACACACCAUGCAGGGAGUUGCAGGUGGCCAGCAAGCUGCAGGUUCUGCCGGACAGAUGCAGAUGAUGCAGCAGUCCAUUCAGUUUCAGCAGUUUCAGACACAGCAACAGGCAGCCAUGCAGCCUCCGCAGCAAACAGCCAUGCAGCAGUUCCAACAGAUGAAACAACUUCAGCAACUCCAACAGCAGCACCAUCAGAAUCAACAGCUGCAACAUUCUAACCAACAGCAGCAGCAGCAGCAGCAACAGCAGCAGCAGCAGCAACAGCAGCAGCAGCAGCAGGCUCAUACUCAGCAGCAGCAACAGAACCAGUUGCACCAAACCAGAAUCCAGCAGCAACAACAGCAGUUAGCACAACUGCAGCAGCAACAACAAUUGCUACAACAACAGCAACUACAACAACAGCAACAACAACAGCAACUGCAACAACAACAGCAGCUUCAAGCCCAGGUUCAGGCUCAAAUCCAAGCCCAGGCUCAAGCUCAAGGUCAAGCCCAAGCUCAAGGCGUGGCAGGCCAGAUGCCCCCUCACUCGCAGCAGCAGGUUUUAGUGCCACAGUCUUUGGCACAAAUGGCCCCAGGGCAGCAUCAACAAAUCAACUCGCUGAGCCAACAACAGCAGCAUCAGCUAAAGCAACCAAUCCAGGUAAGAGUUUUGCAACAACAGCAACAUCAGCAACAUCAGCAGCAGCAGCAGCAACAACAACAACAACAACAACAACAACAACAACAGCAGCUCCAGCAGACAGCCCAGCUCACAACGGUUCCCGGUCAGGUGAGCACAGCGCAAACUGUGAUGAUGCUCCGUCCUGGGAUGCAAAUUCCAACCCGGUUGCCCCGCGCCACCCCGAACUCUGCCAUUCCUCAAAACCCUGUUGCCAUGGGAGGACAGCAAAUGCCACAGAGUCAGCAAAUGAUGUCAUCACCCUCUCCAGUUCAGGUGCAGACGCCCCAGUCGAUGCCUCCUCCACCCCAUCCUCAGCCGUCACCCCAGCCCCCAUCCUCUCAACCUAACUCUGUCAGCUCUGGUCCAACCCCAUCCCCUGGAGGUUUCCAGCCCAGUCCCUCUCCCCAGCCAUCCCAGAGUCCAGCUUCUGCACGAACCCCACAGAGUUACCCCCUUCAGGUGCCUUCACCUGGACCACUCAACACCCCAGGCAACCCAAGCUCUGUAAUGAGUCCAGCAGGUACCUCACAGUCUGAUGAUCAGCUAUAUAUGGACAAACUAAAGCAGCUGUCAAAAUAUAUCGAGCCUCUGCGCAGGAUGAUCAACAAAAUUGACAAAAAUGAAGAUAGGAAAAAGGAUCUGAGCAAAAUGAAGAGUUUGCUUAAUAUUCUGACUGACCCCAACACACGGUGUCCUCUUAAGACCCUAGAGAAGUGUGAAAUAGCUUUGGAGAAACUGAAGAAUGAUAUGGCUGUGCCGACUCCUCCCCCAGUGACAUGUACCAAAAAACAGUACCUGUGCCAGCCGCUGCUGGAUGCCGUCAUGGCCAACAUUCGUUCCCCCGUUUUAAACCAUUCACUUUACCGCACGUUUGCUCCAGCUAUGACGGCCAUUCAUGGACCACCAAUCACGGGCCCUUUAAUUCCGUCCCGUAAACGGAAGUUUGAAGAUGACGACCGGCAGACGAUCCCUAACAUACUUCAAGGGGAGGUGGCGCGGCUCAAUUCCAUGUUCCUGGUCAAUCUGGAUCCGUCCUACUGCAGCAACAAUGGAUCUGUGCAUCUUAUUUGCAAACUCGAUGAUAAAAACCUGCCCAGUGUUCCUCCUCUUCAGUUGAGUAUUCCAGCAGGUUACCCUGAUCAAAGUCCACACUGGGAAGAUGACGGUCAGCAGUACGAGGCGAACCCUUUCCUGCAAACUGUCCAUAAAAACAUGACCUCCAAACUCCUUCAGCUUCCUGACAAGCACUCGGUGACGGCGCUGCUGAACACUUGGGCCCAAAGCGUGAGACAGGCUUGCCUCUCGGCCGCUUAGAGAUUUCUACCAGCAAACCAGUAUAAUCUUUGCACCUCCAUGGCACAAUGGCAAUAUGAAUGACUUGUUACUUUGCAUUUCUUUGUCUUUUUUUAUUUACAUCAGUAUCUUGUUCAGUACACUAAAGCCUUAACAGUUUGUGCAUUGCUUGAUCAAUAAAAUUAUUUAGACAUUCUGUACAA